ACAAAUCCAGUCUCCUCAACUCAACUCAACUCUUCUCCUCCAUCAAUAACUUCAAAAAGCCAAAACAGAGCACCCUAUCUUCCCCUGUUUUCAUCUUCUCCAGAAAUCAUGCAAGAAAACACCACCAAUCCUUUUGUAACUCCUUCAAUCAGCGAUUCGGUUCGAUCUUCUCUAUCGAAUUUGAUCCUAACAGGCGGAAAUCAAAGCACUCUGGAUUCAAUUUUCUCACUCUGUUCCUCAUCUUCAAAAACAGAGGAAUUUUCAGCAACAGGGUCCUCUGUUUAUCUAAAACAGAGAGAUUUCAUCCUCAAUUUCCCAAAUUUCUCAAAUUCUACAAAUUCCCAAAAUUUAUCAACCAAUUUUGACUCAAAUUCUUCAGUUGGGUUCAAUCCGCAAUCGAAGAAGAAAUCGUACAGAGGAGUGAGGCAGAGGCAAUGGGGGAAAUGGGUUGCCGAAAUUCGACUGCCGCAGAACCGGAUGAGGGUGUGGUUAGGGACGUAUGAGUCGCCCGAGAUGGCGGCUUAUGCGUACGAUCGAGCUGCGUAUAAGUUACGCGGGGAAUACGCGCGGGUGAAUUUUCCGGCAGGGUUGGUCGGAGAUGAGCGGAAGUUGAGUGGUUUGAGGACCGCCGUCGAUAAUAAAAUUGAUGCCAUUUUACAAAAAAUUAAGAGAGAGAAAACUAAAAAGAGGUCGGAGAGAGAAAAGGUUAAAGCAGUGACGGAUUCAGAAAUUUUUAUUACGGGGGUUGGGAGUGUUUCGGGUGGUGGAGAGAGUUGUAGUGGGAGUGAAAUCGGGUCGGGUAGUGUUUCGGAAGACGGGUUUUGGAAGGGGGAGAAUUGUUCGUCGGGUUGUUCGUUUUCCGGUGAGUUGACGGCGGCGGAGGGGGCCGAGGAGGCAGAGACCGGUGGUUGGUCUCUUGCCGGAAUGCCUUCUUAUGAUUUGGAUUUGAUAUGGGAAAUACUUGCUAAUUAGGAGUGGUUAAAUUGUAACCCUUAAUUUUGACUUUUGAGAUGGUCAACUGUGAAAAAUUUGUUCAAGAGAGUUGUGUUUUUGAACUUUGAAGUAAUAUAAUGUGUAUUCAUACA